GCGCGCGUCGUCGUGCGCAGUGGUUCUGGCGGCCAAGAGCAGCCUCGACAGCCCCUUUCCGCGCAAGGGUGGUUUCUAGCGGCCGCGGGGGCAGCGGUGUCACUCCAGAACCUUCCAGGUUUUUUAACGCCUCCAGAGCUGCCAAUUCCAGAGCAUAUUGAGCGCAAUUUCGCGCAUAUCGCCGCACCGGGACGGGCGGCAGCGCCAGGGGGCAGCCAUGGCCAUGGAUCGCUAUGAGCGCCAGGGAUGCUACAGCUGCGCGGGCGUCCUGUCGGCCCUGGGGGUCCUCCUCAUGCUCAUUCUGCUGCCGAUGACCUGGAAAAAGGUCGAGUACUACCAGGGCUGUCCGCGCCGGCGUCCGGCCGUUGGCCUUUCGAGGUCGCGCCGUCGCGCUGGCGGCCGGCCUCGUCCUCCGCGGUCGCGCCGCCGCGCCUCGCGUCGUCGGUAGAACGCCGCCGCCGCGUCGCGCCGACAGUCGCGCCUCGCGUCGCAGGUCUCCGCAGCCAGAAGUCCACGGGCAAGGUCUGGCGGGAUGAGGUCUACGAGGCGGGCCGCUACGGCAUCGGCCCCGACUACACGUUCCGGUGCUACCCGCUCAACGUCCAGAACUUUAACGAGCGCUUGAGCGUGUGGUCCAAAUCCUCCGGCUCGGACGCGGGCUCGACGGUCUAUCUGGACGUGUCGUACCAGUACCUCCUGAAACCCGAGAAGCUGGGCGAGCUCUACAGCAUGGUCGCGUUAAAUUUUGAGGGCCUCGUGGCGUCGCGGACGCAGGACGCGAUCCGGAACACGGCGCCGCUCUUCGGCAUCGACUCCUAUCUAUCACAGCGGCCGCUCAUCGAGGCGACGCUGCAGCGGAACGUGAGCCUGGCCAUCGCGGACCUCCACAUGGACGUGCUCUCGUUCCAGCUGCGGGACAUCGAGCCAGAAGACGACUACCAGAGCGCGCGCCUCGCGGUAGCGAUCCAGGUCGAGUCCAACGCGAAGGAGGCCUACAGCCAGGAGGCGACGCUCGUGCGCGAGCAGACCGCGGUCGAGGUGCUCGAGAUCGAGAACGACGCCGACGCCGUGGCCAAGAAGGCCACGGCCUCGGCCUCGAAGAUCAAGGAGAACGCCGUGACCGAGGCCGACGAGAAAGUCGAAGUGGCCCGACUCCAGGGUCUUAAGCUGUGUGGAAAUCAAAAUUUUACGGCGCGUUCGUGCUGAAUCAUCGCGUCGUCCUCCACGCCAUCGACGCGACGCCUGCUCGAUGGCGUGGCGAUGCCGGUUCCUCGCCGCUCGACCGAGCCAGGACGGCCGCGUCAUUGCCGAGAAAUGACUUAGUGAGGAAUUUUCGGGUGCACCCGGCGCACUGGUUGAUUUGCACACAGGUCUCAAGGACCUCUACGACGAACUAGGCUUCACGUCGGAGAAGCACAAGGCGUCGCUCGACUACCUCUUGACGCUCAUGGCGAGCUCGUCGAACAAGGAGUACGUCGCCUUUGAUUCCAUGGGCAAGGUCACGUCCAUCUAGCUACUUGCCUAAGCACUCUGUUUGUCACGGUCACGGUUCUAGGUCACGAUUA